CAAAAUAAAUGGUGUUCUGUGACAUAAAUUUGUUUUGAUUAUAUGGCUCUCAUGCCAUUACUUAUUUUGUCAACAUCAAACAAUCAACUCUCCAAAAAUUUGAACAUUUUUCAUGAUGGAGUUUAGUUGCAAACUUAUUCUGCAUCUUCCGGUUUUGAUGAUGUUAUUUGUACAUGAAAGUGAAGCCGUUAGAUGUUACCAGUGUAGUUCUGCAGAAGAUAAAAAAGGCGAAGACAAUUGCGGAGCUUAUAGGAAAUUCGAUAAAUGGAGUCACAUUGCAGUUGAGUGCAAUAGUGAGGAGAGCCACAUGCCUGGUUCAUUUUGCAUGAAGGUCACACAACAGAGCCCUAAGGGGUUUAUUUGGAAUGGGCGGUGGAGACAAGUAAUAAGACGCUGUGCUUCAGUUGCUGACACUGGAGUUACAGGAGUAUGUAACUGGGGUGUGUACGAAAAUGGGAUUUAUUGGGAAGAAUGUUACUGUUCAGAAGAUGAAUGUAAUUCCAGUAAUACAAAUGUUUUAUCAGUGGGUUUGCUUUUGCUUUGUUUAAUUAUAUUUAGGUACCAUUAAUCUAUGCAAAGUGGUAUAUAAUAUAACAGACAUUGUUAAGACUGCGGGUAUCCGUCCAUUUUUAUAAAGUAUUUUUAUGUCCUUGUGUAACUUUUAACAAUAUAUUUUAUAAAAAUGUU